GCAGUGAGCGCAGCGGCGGCCGGUCAGGUCGAGCGUGCGGGCCGCCGGCCGGGCAGUAUGGUGAUGGACAUGCGCAGCUGCCGCUACCCGGAGGGCACCUACCCGCCGCUCUCGGCCGGCUACGGCCCGCUGCGGGACGGAGCCGGCAGCCCCGGCUACGGCCAGCCGUACCCCGCGUUCCGCGCCGGCCCGGACAGCACGGCGGCACCGUUCAGUCCUGACCAGUCCGACUACCCGCACGCCUUCAGCGAGGAGGAGCACGGCGAGCACGACGGCCACGCCGAGCACGACGAGCACGUGCCGCACGUGCUGGCGCCGCACACGCACGGCCACGGCCAGCGGCGCUGCCUGCCCUGGGCGUGCAAGGCGUGCAAGCGCAAAUCGGUGACCAUAGACCGCAGGAAGGCGGCCACAAUGCGCGAGCGGCGCCGGCUCAAAAAGGUGAACGAAGCAUUCGACAUGCUCAAGAAGCGAACGUGCGCCAACCCGAACCAGCGGUACCCGAAGGUGGAAAUCCUGAGGGCGGCCAUCGAGUACAUUGAGGCGCUGGAGGACAUGCUGAGGGGCGCCCGCGGCGGCUCCGGGGGCGCCGCCGGCUCGGGCGCCCCCGAGGAGGCACGCCCCGACGCGCCCAUCAACCCGACCUCUGGCUAUAAUAUGAACGGCGGCACGUCCUACUACAAUACUCGACAGAGCAGCUAUAGCAGCCCAGACAGCUACACGCCAAUAACAAAUGGUGGCGGCGUGGAGCAGGCGUCGGCAGCUGGAACUGCCACCUCCACCUCCAGCUUGGACUGUCUCUCCAUGAUCGUCCAGAGCAUAUCUCCUACCUCCACCACCGCCAUUCAACAGGCGACCGACAGCGCGCCCUAGUGGCGGCCGAUCGAACUGUGCACACUGCACCGUGCACGCGGGACAGUGCACGGCGUGACAGGAGCGUGCACGGAACAGUGCACAGGACCGUGCACGACGUGAACCACACGACGAACACGGAGAACUCACAGUGUGAUCUAGUGGAAGGUGCUGCUGGAAGGACUAGGACAAUGGCGCUGGUCGCCGAAAGAUUGGGGGAAUGUUGUGUGGAGGCAGAGUUGACGAGGAUUUUGAGUGGGAGUGGGUUGAGAACACUUGAUAGUUGAUACUCACGUUUUCAUAACGAGCUUGAGUGAAAAGUGCCUAUUUGUGCCUUGUUAGAUUGUACUGCUUUGUUGAUCUGUCCUCACCAAAGACUAAAGAGGCGCUAGAAAACCAGUUGUUUCAAUUAUUUAUUAAAAUAUUCGUCCUAGACUAGUUCAGGUAUUCGGUACCUAGCGAUGCAAUGAAGAACCUGCUUUAAAUACAUCUUGAAUAUGCUGGGUGAAUGUUGCUGCCAGAUAGCCAAACAAAGAAAACGUCAAAUAACGUUUUAACGUUAAAUAACGUUAAAUAACGUUAU